AUGUUCCUCGCCACAGUUAAGCUGUGUGCCGGUAGCUCCUACAGACAUGUGCGCAACAUGAAAGGACUGAGACAUCAUACUGUGCUGGCCAUUGGUCAGGAGCUGACCCGGAGGACUCUGGGGGGUCCAACGACACCUAGUGCUUGGAUUAAUCAAGUUCGACGUCGUAGCUCUUUGCUUGGUUCUCGGCUGGAAGAGACUCUGUACAGUGAGCAGGAGCUGGCCUACAUCCAGCAGGGAGAGGAGGCCAUGCAGAAGGCCCUGGGUAUCCUCAGCAACCAGGAGGGCUGGAAGAAGGAGAACCAGGGGAUGAAUGGGGACAAAGUGCUGAGUAAAAUGGUCCCGGAUGUGGGAAAGGUGUUCCGGUUGGAGGUGGUGGUAGACCAGCCCAUGGAGAGGCUCUAUGAAGAACUAGUGGAACGCAUGGAAGCCAUGGGAGAGUGGAACCCCAAUGUCAAGGAGAUCAAGGUUCUGCAGAAGAUCGGGAAAGAUACUGUCAUUACCCAUGAACUGGCUGCAGAGUCAGCAGGAAACCUCGUGGGGCCCCGCGACUUCGUCAAUGUGCGCUGUGCCAAGCGCCGGGGCUCCACCUGUGUGUUAGCUGGCAUGGCCACGAACUUUGGGGAGAUGCCUGAGCAGAAAGGUGUCAUCAGAGCGGAGCAAGGUCCCACUUGUAUGCUGCUCCGGCCUGUGACGGGGAGUCCCUCAAAGACCAAACUCAUCUGGCUGCUCAACAUUGAUCUCAAGGGCUGGCUGCCAAAGACCAUCAUCAAUCAGGUCCUAUCACAGACCCAGAUGGAUUUUGCCAAUCACCUACGCAAACGGCUAGAGUCCAGCACCCCUGCUGAAGUCAGAAGCUAAAGAUAAGAAUCUGGAUAAUCUCCUUGCUUGAAGCCUGCCAGCCUAGAAUCUUCAGCUGGGGAUGGUGGGAGGGGAUAGU